GUUGUUGUUAGGCAGGUUGUUAGGGGCAGCGCAUCAGCUAGUCAGCUAACUAGGGAUUAAGCGGCCUUAGUUAAUGAUGACACAUUCGUUUACCAAAGAAAACCGCUUGCGACACAUCAUUUUAACCUGGAGCUGCCCUCAUUAUUUGGGUAAAAGCAACAGGGACGACGGUGUUUAUUAUUUGUCCAAAGCAGCCCGAGGUUAGUGGGGCUAGCGCGUAGCUAGCUACCUAGCGAGCUGAGAAUGGUAUUUGGCACUGGCAAGCUAGGCUACCCUUGCUAACACCAACCUUGCUCGCUGUGCCAUUUGCAUCUAAGAAAACGAUAAUGAUAUAUAUUGCCAGUGCCUAGCAAACACGGCCAGCUUUGUGUCGCGUUAAUUCUGCAGAUUAUAGGGUGCAAUAAUUGUGGUUUAAUCCACUCAUCGGUGUUAAGAUGGGAGAAGCUCAGGAAAACCAUCCAGAGAAGAGUGACUCCAGUGGAGAGUCAUCAUCGCCCUACAUCCCCCCGUACCGCUCGCCUCUACCUGGCCGAGAGCGACUACACAUACAGAAAAGUAAUGUCUGCUCUCGGGCUUAUUUCGUUGUGGUCAUGGUCUUCUUCCAUGUCUACAUCUUAAAUGUCAUUGCCCUUCUCCUCUACGUGCACUACAACAACGGCCCCGGGGAUAUUGUUAAUGGUGAUGGGGCUUCUGCAUCUGUCGGCGAUGGUGAAAGCCCCCUCCCGCACCCUGCCGCACACUCCCGAGAUCUCAACAUGGAUGUGUACCGGCAAAGUUUCAGUCUUCCCCGCAUUGAAGGAAUACGGGUGGGCCAUGUUCAGCAGGUGUCCCUGAUGCCAGACCGAACACACAAGAUGAAGACUCUCAGCCUGAAACCUCUGCUCUUUGAGAUCCCUGGCUUCUUGUCAGAGGAGGAGUGCCGUGUGGUGGUGCAGCUGGCUCAGCUGAAGGGCCUGAUGGAAAGCCAGACAACAGCACCCGAUGGGGGAGAUGAGGAGUCAAACCAGCCACUGCUUUCUCUCAACACAGAGGAGGCCUUCAGCCUGCUCGACCUAGACCAAGAUGGGCUGCUGCAAAAGCAGGAGAUUGUGAGUCAUUCACGCUCUCAAGAUGGGACCUGGUUGAGCCCAGACAACCUACGGCACAUACUCGCUGGCCUAGAGGCCUGCCCAGCAGGCAUGCUAACCUUGGAGGAGUUUAGGCGUGUGUAUGAUGUGUCCCAGCGCCCUAGACAACAGCGUAGUGGAACACUCCAGGGUCAGGUCAAACAAAGGAGUAAACACACGUGGCUUUACCAAGGCCCAGGAUCACACCAUGUGCUACACACCCUCAGGAACAGAGUAACCCGUCUGACACGUCUGCCAUCUCCACUGGUUGAGUUGAGUGAGCCACUGCAGGUGAUUCGCUAUGAGCAUGGAGGCUUUAGUAAUGCCCAUCAUGACAGCAGUGCCGCCCACUCAGAGACUACCUGCGCACAUACACGACUAGCUGGAAACACAUCUGCACUCAAAGAGGUUACUUGCAGGUACCUUACUGUGUUAAUCUACCUCAACUCUGUAGAGGAGGGCGGUGAGACUACCUUUCCUGUGGCCGACAAUCGCACCUAUGAGGAAGAGGCACUGGUCCAGGAUGGAGUUGAUCUGACAGACACCCAAGAGACAUGUGGCAGAGGGAACCUGAGGGUGAAACCCACAGCUGGGACAGCUCUCCUCUGGUAUAACCACCUCUCUGAUGGUAGAGGUUGGAUGGGUGAGCUGGAUGAGUACUCCCUCCACGGGGACUGCCUGGUCACCCGUGGGGUUAAGUGGGUAGCCAACAGCUGGAUAAAUGUGGACCCAGACCACCAGCAGCAGGCCCGCUACCAGAGACUUGUGACUCACAGACGGCAAACUGAGUCAGGCUUGGAUGAGCAGUACCACCCUCUCUCUCACAGUGACCUCCAUCAAGACCUAUAGCCAGACCUACAGAGAAAGAGCUACUGUAAUAUUAAAAUUAAGUGAUUCUUGCUUGAUCAACCCAGUGAGGGUCAGCAGCCCUAUCCAAAUUGUCAAAUGCUGUAGACAAACUGACAUUUUCACAGUGGUAAUCAAAAAAGCAGAUUUUGUUUUCCAAUGAUGCACUGUAAUAUGUCCAUAAAGCUGCUGCUGAUAUCCGUCUUCAACAUCUAGUUCAAGUUAAUUUAUUUACAUAGCCCUUCAUGACAAACAUCCCUGAAUGUCCCCCACUGGGACCACUGAGUGUGCAAUACAGUAGGAGCAGGGACAAACUGUCAAACACCAAACACUGAAGUUACUGUCAUUAGGCACUUUUGAUGAAUUUUAACAGGGAAUUAUGAUGAGUAGAUAAAUGGUAUUCCUCACAGUUUCUUUAAAAUCACAGUUUAUCUAAAAUCUAUAAAUAAAAAAGAUGUAAGGAUUUAUUAUUUACUGUUCAUAAGAGUUAAUGCCAUUCUAUAUGAAGUCUCACUUAAAGAAAAGAUACAUUAUUCAGAACAGUAAGAAAUCUGUAGCUAUUAUGUUUUGAGUAAGAAAAGAUGCAAGCGUGUCUGAGAGAUAGUCAACUGCCUUCCAUUAGGUUUAUUAGAGAUCUACCCCGUUGCAGGACAGUGUUGCUAUAUCGGGCUGAAGCCUUCUGUUACAAGCCAUAUUAUAAUAUUCAUCUGUGAAUGUCUUCCUGUGGGGAAUUUUUAUUUCAUGUCUCUUCUGCUUGUCAGUAUUGUUUGUAAUGAGUUUGUAAGACCUAAAACAAAUCCAAGACUGUCCUAAGCCAGACUGUGUUAUUGUCACACUGUCACACGUGGGAAACUGGGCAUUGAGGAACAAUUCUACCUUAGGUCUUUGGUUUUCCAAUUUUUGUGACUUUCCUCAUAACUCAAAGACAAGUUUUUGUUGGAUUUUUUUUGUUUGUUUGUUUGUUUGUUUUGUUUUUUGUUUUUGUCUAUUUAUUUGAGUGUUAUUUAUUGCAAUUACUUGGUAAUUAUUGGAAUGCAUAUUUAUUACAGCUUGAUGUUGCACUGAGUCUAUCACAUAUUAUUGUAUAUAUUCUGUGUUAUUAAAUAUAUUAAAAUAUAUUUAAAAUGUUUUAUUAA